CUGCUGGAGUCGCCGCGGCCGCCGCGUGACGUGGCACAGCCAGAUCCUAAAGGCUAGAGCCGGAGCUGCCGCGCCAGUCGCCUAGCAGGUCCUCUACCGGCUUAUUCCUGUGCCGGAGCUUCAUCAGCACAGAGGCCAGCGAGACGGGCCUGCCUCCCCCUUUCUUCCUCCGCUCUUUCUCUUCCCUCUCUUUUAGUUUGCCUGGGAGCUUGAAAGGAGAAAGCACGGGGUCGCCCCAAACCCCUUCUGCUUCUGCCCAUCACAAGUGCCACUACCGCCAUGGGCCUCACCAUCUCCUCCCUCUUCUCCCGACUAUUUGGCAAGAAGCAGAUGUGCAUUUUGAUGGUUGGAUUGAUUGCUGCUGGCAAGACAACCAUUCUGUAUAAACUGAAGUUAGGGGAGAUAGUCACCACCAUUCCUACUAUUGGUUUUAACGUGGAAACAGUAGAAUAUAAGAACAUUUGUUUCACAGUAUGGGAUGUUGGUGGUCAAGAUAGAAUUAGGCCUCUCUGGAAGCAUUACUUCCAGAAUACCCAGGGUCUUAUUUUUGUGGUGGACAGCAAUGAUCGUGAAAGAAUUCAGGAAGUAGCAGAUGAGCUGCAGAAAAUGCUUCUGGUAGAUGAGUUGAGAGAUGCAGUGCUACUGCUUUUUGCAAACAAACAAGAUUUGCCAAAUGCUAUGGCCAUCAGUGAAAUGACAGAUAAACUAGGGCUUCAGUCUCUUCGUAACAGAACAUGGUAUGUUCAAGCCACUUGUGCAACACAAGGAACUGGUCUGUAUGAAGGACUUGACUGGCUGUCAAAUGAGCUUUCAAAACGUUAAAUGAAACUGGAUAUCUAACCAAGGACAUGUUUGAUAAAAUUGGCCUAGGCUUGUUACAACAAAAUUAGUUUGUAUCUUGGUUAUUAAACAGUAUCUGGGA